AGAGAAGGAAGGUGGGGCAGGGUGAAUGCCAACGAGUCACCGCGUGUCCGUGGCGUGGAGUAGGCGUGUAACCGUGCCGUGCUAUCAGGAUAACGUUUCCUCGUUGCCGGGGGGAAGCUCUCUCGUGUCCUCCUCUGCUCUUCCUCGACGAGAGUGAGGCCGGCCACCGGCGACAGGGCGGCCAUGGCGGCGGCGCUUCUCUCCCCGGCCUCCCCCCUCCCCCGCUCCUCCUCCGCGGCCCACCCCAGGAGCAAGGGCGCGGCUGGUGCAGCAUGGUGCGCUCCGCCGUCCAGGAGGAGGGCGGUCUCGUGCUCGUGCGCGCCCGAUUCGUGGAGCCGCGGGCUGGAGCGGAGGCAGCUCGUGCUGUCCGGCCUCGCCUGCUCCUUUGCAAUCGUCCUCCCGAUUUCAGUAGUAGAAUCGUGUGCUGCUGCUGCCGAGGUGGACGACGACGGCGUGAAGAUGGCCAUGCUGGUAGACGAGACCAACGCCUACUCUUUUCUUUACCCGGUUCAGCUGCCAGGGAAGAAAACCUCCUUCAGAUGGGUAGAGUCGAGGAAAUCGGAGCGAUAUUCCUCUGCGGCGCCACUAUCUCCUGAUGCACGGCAACGCAUCGUAUCGGAGCGCCUUGACAUGAUCAACAAUGCUGUCAUCUCAGUCUCGAUUGGGCCACCAAGUUCACGCUUUCUACCUUCGAAAGACAAGAAAACUUGGGCUGCAAAAGAUGUUGCUGAUUGCGUUCUGUCUGACAAAUCUUCAUUGAAGGUAACGACAAGCCAGCGAAUGGCGGAGAGUUCCGUCCUUGAUGCACACACUACAGAUGUUGAUGGAGAGCCAUACUGGUAUUAUGAAUAUAUUGUUCGGAAAUCACCAACAAAAUCUGAUGGCUUUGUUCACUCCCCUUUCUUUUCACUAGGUUUCCUCUACUCGUUAAAUGCCUCCACUCUCAGCAAGCAGUGGGAAUCUACGAGCUACUUCAGAGGGCAGCGGCAGGAGCCUUCUUCUGAUGAUCCCCGGCCCGGUUACCGGAGGGACAGGGGCGGCCGCAAGCGCCUGACGGCGCAGAAGAGGAAGGAGAUCAAGGAGGCCUUCGAUCUCUUCGACACCGACGGCUCCGGCACCAUCGAUGCAAGGGAGCUCAACGUCGCAAUGAGAGCGCUGGGGUUUGAGAUGACGCCGGAGCAGAUCCAGCAGAUGAUCGCGGAGGUGGACAAGGACGGCAGCGGGACCAUCGACCUGGACGAGUUCAUACACAUGAUGACGGACAAGAUGGGCGAGAGGGACGCCAGGGACGAGCUCCACAAGGCCUUCCGGAUCAUCGACCAGGACGCCAACGGGAAGAUAUCGGAUAUGGACAUCCAGCGGCUGGCCAUCGAGGCCGGCGAGCACUUCACGCUCGACGAGGUCAGAGAGAUGAUCCAGGCCGCCGACGAAAACGGUGACGGCGAGGUCGACAUGGAGGAGUUCAUGAAGAUGAUGAAGCGGACGGGCUUCGGCGCCGGAUUCUAGAGCUGAUGAGCAGAGGACAAGUGCGGGGUGGAAGGAGUGCCAAGCACUGGGCCGACAUAGUUGGUCGAUUGUACUGUACAUGUGCCUACUAGAUCGUGCUGCAUACGUAGUACAUGUAGUUUCGCAUGUUUGCACCUGUGGUAACUGCGCAUGUCUCAAGAAAAAAACAUGUGGUAACUGCGGCUUAGGGUCCAUCAAUUUGUCCUGUGGAAACAUUUUAGUCCAUCAAUUUGAGAAAUGUACUGGGCUAGUCCUCAAACUGGCAAUCGGGUUUCCAAAAUCAUCCUGGCCCAGACAAGUGGUGCUGUUCAUUUGCCAAUAAUAAUAAUAAUACACUUUCUA